AUGGCUCCUCGAGACAAGGAGCGGCACAGUGCCAACCCGCGAUCCUCGGUCAGACAGCCAGAAAAGAAAUCUGGCGGAGGAGGGAAGUACACUAUCGGAAAGGCGGGAGAUGAGAGAUGGGGUGCAGUCCUGAAGAGGGAAGAUCCCAACUACGACCCCGAGGAGAAGCGUGUUGAUCCCGAAGAUGGAUGUGCAUACACCUGGGAUGAGCUGGCUGAGUUCUACCGUGGCAAAUACAAGAUGAAGCAGCUGGAGGAAUACUGGGAUUAUGAGUGCAAGCCGGCAAAGACCAGAAGCAGUCAGCGUAAGGCGCAGUCUGCGCAGGCCGCAAAGGAUCCUACUCCAGCGGAGUCUGCCAAGCAGGGCAAGAAGGCGGCAGCGAAGCCGAAAGCAAAGUCGAAGGCGAAGCCCAAGGCCGAAGCCAAGCGGUUGCAGCAGGGAGACAUGGAAUCUGAUGGACCCCUGGCCAAGGAGAUUGCUUUGCAUAUACCCUAUUUCCCCUUCAAGAAGAUCGAGAGGUUCUAUGACAUUCAGGGCCUGCUGCAGCACCCGAAGCUUCUCAAUGCGAUGUGUGCGGUAUGGGCAAAGCGAUUCCGAAAAAUGGGUGUGACAAAGAUCUGCGGCUUUGAGGCUCGUGGUUUCCUUUUCACGCCUGUCUCCAUCAAGCUUGGCGUGCCUUUUGUGAUGCUCCGCAAGGCUGGAAAGCUGCCAAACACAAUCUCCAGCGGCCCGUACACAAAGGAGUACGACGGCUUGGACGAGAUGUGUGUGCAGAAGGGAGCGGUUGUCAAGGGCGACAAAGUGGUCCUCAUUGACGACCUGAUUGCUACAGGAGGGACACUCUGCGCCGGUAUCAAGCUCAUGGAAGCCUGUGAGGCGGAAGUGGUGGAAUGUAGUUGCAUGGUCGAGCUCAAGGCAUUGAAGGGCCGAGAGAAGUGCCUGGCCGCUGGAGCAAAGUCUGUGUGGGGCUAUAUCUCGGAGGAGCUUCUGACGACAAAGGCUGAGCUGCCAGACAACUAUGUCGAUGAUGGAUUCGCAGCACCUUGGGCUGUUGAGCAGAAGCAGGUGGCACAACAGCAGGCAGAACGUGCCCGGUACAUGGUGUUGAAGGCUCAGGAGGAAAAGAAGCGAACGAUCAUCCACGCCGAAGGCGAGAAAGAGUCGGCGAGGAUGAUUGGUGAUGCGAUCAAGGCCAAUCCAGGUUUCGUCGAACUGCGAAAGAUUUCGGUCGCGAAGGAGAUCUCUAGCUUGCUUUCCAAGUCCGCUAAUCGAAUGGUGCUCUCGACGGAGUCGCUUCUCAUGAGCCUCAGUGAUGACAGUGAUGGCAAGGAUAUGUCAGAAUACCAGGAAUGGCUCCAAAGCAUCAACAUCGGCCAUGGCCAUGCCAUGAGUGCCAGGCCUACGCAGCUGCACUCCGAGAUUCCGAGUCAAGAGUAUCUCGGCAUCAUGCUCUACGAGGAGUUCGCGCAGCGCCCAGAAAAGCAGAUCGGCCCCGCCGCCAUUGCCAUCCAAAGAGAACUCAUCGGAGAGGGCAUUGCUCUGGACGAGGUCGUGGCCAACAAACGGUCCUCGGGCUGGGCUGUCCGGCAGAGGCAAGCACAGCGCAACGACCUGGGCCACUUCUGCUAUGGUUGUGGGCAGCCUCUAAGAGAUCUGAACGAGGAGGUUACGGUCUGGACAGGCGCAGCGAUUUACCGUCGCUUCCAUCCUGCUUGUGCAGCUUCGUAUGUCCUUCGCGCUGACGGGCAGUCUGCUGUGGACAGGAGUCGAGACCGUUUGCGAGAUGAUGUCGUGGAGGGCUACGCGGAUGCAUGGCGGGCACCACGGCCGGUUCGGCCAGUAGAGGCUGCCAGGCAAUGGCUUCUCUCAGAGGAUCAGCGGGCCUGGGGCUCACUUCGUGGAGACCUCUUCACGACAGUGACGGUCAACGAGAAUGGCAAGAAGAAGGCAGUUCCGGGGCUCUCUCAUGAACAGCUGCGCAUUCUGCAGACCAAGCACAGGUGGCAGCCAGUUUCCCCUGACUUGCGCGAAGGCCAGGAGUCAGAGCACCUCGAGUGCGCCGUCUGCUUCGGUGCCCCAGAUGCCUCAAGCUGCUGCAUCAGGCUGCCCUGUGCUCCCCAGCACGUGUUUCACCUCAGCUGCGUCCUCCCGUGGCUGAAGAAGGCCUCGCUGUGCCCCACGUGUCGCAGAGACUUGCGGCCCUUGCUGAAGUAG